AUGUUCGACACUGUUUGCAGCUACCCUCUGACCUCGGAUCUUUUCUCCCAAGCCAUACACCCUACAGAACCGCUUGUCUCUGUAGGCUUAUCAUCCGGCCAUGUCCAAACUUUUCACCUACCUCCACCAUCCGAAAACGGCAAAGCUGGGUACGGGCAUAUCGAUACAUUGUGGCGGACGAGACGCCAUAAAGGAAGCUGUCGGAGCGUGGGAUUUGGGAUAGACGGAGAGACGUUGUACUCUGCUGGUACAGAUGGAUGGGUUAAAGCUGCAAGAACGGAGACUGGAAGGGUAGAAUGGAAAUUUGCGGUACCAAGGAUUGGCAAUAGGUCUGAUUUUCAAGUGGACUGUCCCUCAUUGCUUCACGCGCUUUCACCUCAAACGCUGCUUCUAGCUACCGAUUCCGGCGCUCUACAUCUUUUUGACCUCCGGGACCGCUCUACAGAAGUAUCGGCUAGACCCCAACAAACCCACCAUCCGCAUGACGACUAUGUCUCUUCCCUCACACCCUUACCCCCUUCGGAAACAAGCACAUCUGGUUACAGCAAGCAAUGGAUUACAACAGGAGGCACUACGAUCGCCGUCACAGACUUGCGGAGAGGAGUAUUAGUACGAAGUGAGGAUCAGGGUGAGGAGCUAGUCAGCUCAGUCUAUGUGACCGGACUUAAAGCGGGAGGCACCAGCAAGGGCGAAAAACUGGUUGUUGGAGGAGCUAAUGGGAUUGUGACCCUCUGGGAAAAGGGGGCUUGGGAUGAUCAAGAUGAGCGCAUUAUCGUCGACCGUUCUCCGGAUGGUGGAGAAAGCCUAGAAGUACUCACAAAGGUGCCUGAUGAAUUGGGGCAUGGGAAAACUGUGGCGGUGGGACAAAGCGAUGGACGCGUACGAUUUGUGCAGCUUGGCCCUAAUAAAGUCAUCUCGGAAUUAUCGCACGAUGAAAUCGAAGGUGUUGUGGGAUUGGGAUUCGAUGUGCAGGGUCGCAUGAUCAGUGGCGGCGGCUCUGUUGUCAAAGUUUGGCAUGAAGCCGUCGACGAUAAGGAGGACGAUGAAGCCGAAUCGGGUGAAGAAGAAACCGGACCUGAGAAGAAACGCAAGGGGGACCGGGAUAGCAGCGAUGACGACGACGAUAGCGAUGACGGAGUGAAGGAAAAGGGCAAGCGAAAGAAGAGAAAGAGAGGCAAGGGAAAAGAUCGAUCUGGAGGGGUGCAUGUUAUGGCUUUCAAGGAUCUGGAUUAA